CUCUGCUGAUGUGAUUUUCUUCAGUACGGCCAAAAAUUUAAAUACAAAAAAAAAAAAAAGACUCUCACCAUUUUUUUUUUGGUUCAAUUUCGCAAGCCUCCGUUGGUCUCCAUUUGUUGAAAAAGCUCUGUCUAUCUUCUCCUCUCCUCCAAGUAUAUCGGAAGUAAAAAAGGGGGUAUAUAUGGGAAGGGGUAAGAUUGUAAUAAGGAGGAUCGAUAAUUCAACGAGCAGGCAAGUGACUUUCUCGAAGAGGAGGAAUGGCUUGUUGAAGAAGGCGAAGGAGCUUGCGAUCCUAUGCGAUGCGGAGGUUGGAGUUAUGAUAUUCUCUAGCACUGGAAAGCUCUAUGAUUUUUCAAGCACCAGCAUGAAAACAAUAAUUGACCGAUACAACAAAGCGAAAGAGGAUCAUCAUCAACCAGGGAACCCAACAUCUGAAGUGAAGUUUUGGCAAAGGGAAGCAGCAAUGUUAAGGCAACAAUUACAAAGCUUGCAAGAAAAUCACCGGCAAAUGAUGGGUGAAGAACUCUCUGGAUUGAAUGUGAAGGAAUUACAGAAUCUAGAAAAUCAACUGGAAAUGAGUCUACGUGGUGUUCGUAUGAAGAAAGACCAAAUUUUGAUGCAUGAAAUACAAGAGCUGAACAAAAAGGGGAACCUCAUUCACCAAGAAAACAUUGAUCUAUAUAAGAAGGUAAACCUAAUUCGCCAAGAAAACAUGGAAUUGUAUGAGAAGGUCUAUGGAACGAGGGAUGUCAAUGAAGCAAAUAGAAUUCCUCUACUGACAGAAGAUUUGGGGAUGAGAGAGGAAUCACACGGUCUAGGUAUGGAACAAGGGAUGUCAAUGAAGCAAAUUGAUCUCCAGCUUAGCCAGCCGCAACAACAAAACUAUGAACCACCAGCAAGAACUACGAAAUUGGGAUUACAACUGCAUUAACACUGGCAGAAAAUCAUCAGCUGGUGUAAGGUGGCUUACUAAAUUUCUAUCAACAAGACUAUAGUUACAAGAUUAUGCUUCUACUGCAUGAGGUGAUACAAGAGAACAGACCAAUCGAUUAAAAGACUUUGGUUUGAAACAAGCAACAAUGUAACAGGUCUGUUGUGAUCUUGUGACUAAAGACACCAGCCACUUAUGUAAAGGUAAAAGUUAGACAUAACAGAAUAAUUAAAGUUGCACUAAAUGUGCAUUUGAAUUCUUCAUGUGAUUGAACAUUUUAAUAAUCGUUUCAUCUUUCAUUAUCCUUGAGAAUGGAGAACUAGCUUGAGCUUUCAAAAAAUAUAUACAUAUUGAUAAGUAUAGCUUAAGGGUUGCUAAAUGCAUUCUUAUGGAAACAUACUCUUGUAACCAGAUGUAUAAAUAUAGCAGCUAUUAUUUGAGAAAAUUAAUUGAGGGAAAACGAAACAAUGCUAAUUGAUAACAAAUUGAAACAUGUAAGCAUAUAAACUAAUGAAUUUUAGUUUAGAUAAAGUUGAUUGGGUUCAUGAAGUAUGUAUGUACCUUGUUUAUUC